AUGGUGAUGAUGAUGAUGAUGAUGAUGAAUGCAGUAUCAUCAUCAUCACCAUCACUUCAUCCUCGUCCUCGUUUUCGUCGCAAUCAUCGCUUCCUGACCAGAGCGCAGUCCGAAGCGGACGCGAGCACGUCUGCUUCAACAAGCAGCAAUUCCUCCAAUUCAGAAAAAACGACGGCGACGGGGAUGAAUUUAGCAACAACAACUCCUGCGUUGUCCAACAAAGACCAGUUCGUGAACUUUUUCCGCACGGCUUUACCGUACAUCACCAUGCACAAAUCAUCCGUGUUCGUGAUUCACAUCCCCGGAAACGUGAUGAGAGACAAAAAGUCGAACGUGUUUAAAUCCGUCAUGCAAGAUAUCAUAAUCUUGAGAGAAUUAGGGGUGAAGUUAGUGUUAGUGUUAGGUUCGGACUCGCAAAUAUCGGAUUUGACUGCACUGAAAGGAGAGAAGCCAAAGUUUUCGGUGAGCAAGUUUGGAGCGACGAGAAGAAUUACGGACGAGUUUUCGUUGGAAGCGGCGAUGGAGGCGUGCGGGAGAAACAACAUCGCGGUCCAGGCGCAGUUAACGCGAGGACCGGAUGUGAGAUUGACGAGGAAACACGGCGACCAUUAUUCGGAUACCGGUGGGUUUAGUGGGGAUGGGAACAACAGUGGCGGCAGAAAAGAGAACAUCAGAGAUAUCAAAAACAACGGACGAAACUUUCCAGUCGCGACGAGCGGGAAUUACGUGUACGCUCGAAGACGCGGAGUCGUCGAUGGCGUCGAUUACGGGUUAACCGGGGAAGUCGUGAAAAUUGACAAGACGUCAAUUUUGGAGACUUUAGAGCAAGGCGACGUGGUGCUACUCUCGAGUUUAGGCUUUAACGCCGCGGGAGAGGUUUUUAAUUGCGUGUCGAGAGAUAUCGCAGUCGCUGCGGCCAUAGAACUCAACGCGGAUAAAUUAAUCGUUUUACCUGAAGACGGAUAUUUACCUCGAGAUGAAACGACAAACGGGAAAGUGAAGAGUUAUUUCACGCUCUCGGAUGCGAAGAAGUGGAUGAAAAAUUUUGCCAAAGGUACUGAAUACGAAGAUCUGGUGGAAAACCAUCGCGCGUAUGCGUGGUUGCGAAGUGGAUACGCGAGUAACGGGUCAUCUGAUGUCCCCGGAAACGGCGGCGCGUCUACGAAUACAAAGAACCCGUUUACAUCGAGCGGGGAAAAUAUUCAAGUAAACUCGUGGAUGCGCGCGCAAGAGAUGGACUACGAGUGGCGCGUGCCGUCGUGCCCGAUUGAAAUGUGUGCGGCGACGUUUGCGUGCCACUGCGGCGUGAAGCGAGUUCACAUGGUGGAUCCGAACAAGAGCGGAAGUCUCUUGAUGGAAUUGUUCACGUCCGACGGCGAAGGAACCAUGGUUGCUGGUGAUCGAUACGAAGGCACGAGAAAAGCUACAAUUUACGACUGCAUUGGCAUUCACGACAUGUUACAACCUUUGGCGGAUGCUGGCAUUGUCGUGUAUCGCACGGAAGAAGAAUUGAGACGUUCGGUGAUGAACGAAAGAGUUUCCUUCUUUGUGACCGAACGCGACGGCAACAUCAUCGCGUGCGCGUCCUUAACGGAAUACGAAAACGGGAAAAGUUACGAAAUUGGUUCCUUUGCCGUCGCAAGAGAAUACAGACGAGAAGGCAGAGGCGACGCUUUGUUAUCGUAUUUGGAAGAGCACGCCUCGGAGAAAGGGUGCGAACGCUUGUUUUUAUUGACGACGAGAACAGCGGAGUGGUUCACCUCUCGAGGCUUUGAAUUCGACGGCGCCGCCGAAGACGAAAGUUCAACCUUACCGAAAGGUAAAGAGGUUGUCAAAGGACGAGGCUCGCUUUUGUUUUCGAAAUACAUGACUAUUGACAGUUUUUUAGAAGAGAGUUAG